AUGGCUGCCCCCAGCUUCAAGCUCCGGGUCUACAUGGUCGGGGAAAAGGUCGAGAGGGGGUGGUCGUUGGGAGAGGUGUACAGGGUCAUCAGUGGGAAGUGGAAGUAUAAGUUCAUUGUUGGUAACAAGAAGGAAUAUCGGCUGGUGACCAAGGUGGUGGAAUUUCUUAAGCCCAUAAACAAUUGGAACGAUUGGAUCGGCAAUGAAAGGAGGAUUGUGACUGCUAGUGCUAAGACACCAUCUAACUUGAGGAGACUGUCCGUGUCUGGAGAAAGUCCAAGGCCACCGGUUGACGUGACAUCCAAUGAUCAUUCUGCUACUCAAGUAGCUAAAAGCAACCAUGUUAUGGAAACAGUCAUCCCAUCUCUUGAUUAUCGGGUCCAACAGGCUGGUGGAAAAGUGGAUCAACAGUCUCUUUCUUCAUUGAGGCUGGCUGAUGAAUAUCUGUUCAAGCCCCCAAACAAUUGCAGUGGCAACCGACGGAGGAUUGUGGUUGCUAAGAGACUGGUUAACUUGAGGACAUUGUCCAUGUCUUGUGAAAAUCCAAGCUCCCCUGUCGAUGUGACAUCCAAUGGUGAUGAAUACAGUCUUGAUCAUGGAUCUUCGGUCACCAAAAAGUCAAGGAAAGAUCUGAAGCAGCUAGAUGGCACAUUAGCUGAAGAUUUGGAACAUAGCUCAGUGGUGAUGGGCACUCCUUUGUCUGAUCAGAACAGAAAUGAUCACGCUGGUGGGAAAGUGGAUCAGCAGUCUAGUGGGAAAGUGGAUGAGAGCUCGGGCUUUCAACGUCGUCUUCAGAAUGCUAGGAGCUCACAAUCCACCAUAGUCAGUUCUCCAUUGAGGGGCUGCUCAUCUUCUGAGAGCUUUUUGCCCUCAUCACUGGCUGAUGGCAAGCCUCUAUUUGUCAAGAGCUCAGCUAUGUGGCCUCAAAUUGAAACAAUGGAUGUGUUUAGUGCGCAUCCUCAACGACCGCAUUUCCUUCCACUAAGAGAAUUUCACCCAACAAUGCGUGAAGGAAUGGCAUUAGGUCUGACGGCUGUAUUUCCCGACUUAGUGAGGAAUAUAAAGAAAGCAAGCAUAGACAACAACAUGGAAUGGUUCGAGGACAAGUUUAGUACACUCCGUCAUCUGGAGGGACAUGGAUUUAGUGUCCAAUCUUUGCAUAGCACCCUGACCAAAUUGGUCAAAAUCAAAUCUCAAAACACUAUUUGUCUUGGAGAAAUGGACAAGCUGGAUGUAGAGAUAGAGGUGGAGACAGCUUCAUUAACCCGAAUGGGUGCACUACUCGAUGAAAAAGAUAGUUCUAUAGCUGAGCUCGAGCAGAAACUUGGGGCCCUUCGCCAGGAAACCCAGAAGAUUGCAGCGGAGAUGGAAACUAAAGGCACAAAGCUCUCGAGACUCAAGUCAAAGCAUAGCAAGUUCAAGGAAGCCUAUGGCGAUGCGAAACUGGAGUUUCACAGUGUCUUGAAUGCUCUCUAA